AUGUAUGGCAGUCGCAUGGCUCUCGUUGAAAUUUUGGACACUGCGAGGAAAGAGUUCUCAAAACUAGCUUGGUCCUGGUUCCACGAGUACCUGCAGGCUAGAGCUGAGGAGCAAUUCCACCUCGAUCAUACGUUCUUCACAAGCACGGCCUUUGUUGAGAGCAUAGGCGAGGGCAUGUUUGGAGGGGAAGCGAUUGGAGGCGAUGGUGCUGGAGGGCAUCCUCCCGUUGACGGAGGCGCAGCAGGCGGUGACCGUGGAAGCAGAGGUGAUUGUGAUGGAUCAGGUAAGAAGGGGAAGAAGAAGAGCGGGAAGGAUUUGCAGGAAGAGGAGCGCCUGGAGAAAGAAGAGGAAGAAAUUUUGGCCAAGGAAGAGGAGGAUUGUCUGGCCAAAGAAGCACAAGAAGAAGCGGACCGCGAGGAAAAGAGGGAAGAAGACGCGGCAGCAAGCGCAGCAGCCGAUCUUAGUUGGUCAGAGCCAGCUGCACCGCCUAAUGACGAUUGGAGUUCAUUCGUUGCAACUGAAAACACGAGGAAGAAGAAGAUUGGCAAAAAGGAAGAGGUUACCCCGGCUGAGCCAGCAUCAGCGUUCGACGACAUCAAACUCGACAACAUGAAUCUGGACGACGGCACACCAGAAAUCCAUAUGAACUUUGGCGGUUCUGGAGCGGGCAAGCCAAGAUCUAGGUUCGGGCUGCCCAGUCAUGGUGGCUGGUCUUCUGGUUGGGGUGCGUCAACCAAAGCCGCCCAUACCUGGAGAUCUGACGGCACUCUCAAGCCCGUAGAUGACAGCUGUGAAAACCCGUGGAAUUCUGCCGAGACGAAAAAGAAGCGUUCGUCUGUAUUCGUCUUCGACGCUUUCAAGGGCCGUGCGGUCCAGGCGGUUGAUCCAUUCGCAGGUCUUAGCAAGUCGCAGAAGAAGAAACUUGAGGAACAGAUGAAGCUGGACGCAAAGACCAAGAAGGAGGAAGACGCGAAGCGCGAAGCGGGAGAAGAUGCGGCUGAGCUGGUUCGACAGCGAGAAGCCAAAGCUGAGCUUGUUCGCUUAGAAGAGGAGGUGGAGAAGAAGCGGAUCGAGGAAGAAGAAGAAGCCGCAGCAGCCGCAGCAGCCGCGUCAGCCGCCGAGAGCGUGAAGAAGAAGAAAAAGAAAGCCGCAAAGGCGGAACCCACCGGGGAAGAAAAGAAUGAAGACGGAGACUGGGGCGCCUUCGGUUCGAUAUCCAAAUCAUCCUCUAAGAAGGAGAAAGAGAAAGAAGGGAAGAAGGAAUCGCCGACUGAGAAACGCGUCCGCGAAAGGCGCGAGAGAAAAGAACGAGAGGAGCAAGAACGCUCAGAGAAGGAGGCUGCCGAAAAGGCUGAAGAAGAGCGUCUUGUGCAAGAAGCAGAAGAAGCUGCUGCAGCUGAGCAGGCUCGGAUCGAAGUGGAAGAAGCGGACGCUGCAUCCGCGGCUGAGGCUGAGGCUGAGGCAGUCCGAGGUGCAGACGAAGAAGAAGUCGAAACGACCAGGAUUGCGGAAGAAGAGGUCGAAGCAGCACGCACCUGUUCUCGCCCCCUUCACCUACUUUUGGAGGGCGAUCAUUUCAGAUCAUGCCAGCGAUGUAGCGCGAUGCUAAAGGAGAUCUUCGUUCGUUUUGCAAGGGAAAACAGGAUACCUUUGCUUGAAGAAUAUUAA